AUGGCUCGAUUAAAGAGGCCUACAAGCCAGGAGGCACCGAGCCAUUCGUACUCUUUCCAGAAUUCGCUUGGUAUGUCAUCUGGACCAAAAGCCUUGCCGUUUAUUGUUUUUGUUAUAGCAAGCCAUGCUUCCUCAGCAGCUGAUGAGUGGCACUGGUCCGUUCACAGGGUCAGCUGGUGGGAUGGCUGUGUCACCGCUGGUUGUGGACGACAUGUCUUCGAAGCACGUUCGCCAUCUCUUAGUUAUUUCCUGCGGUCUUCAUAA